CCACACGCUGCAGCAGCGCAGAGAAGCGCAGGAGGCAGAGCUGUGGAAUUUGGCAAUAGAGAUUCGAAAGCAUCACCAACUCUCCCAAUGGCGAUAUGGAUUGACAUAGUACCCCACUGACGUAUCAGAGAGGAGGGAAUAGCCACACACAGGAGUGUAUACUAGGCUGUGUGUGUGGGAUUCCACCACUCCUGUUACUCUAACCACAACACACUCUCCCAACCACCCUGCCACAAUGUCACGGAGGGAACGGCCAUGGUCGGUGUAUAGAGCAGACACACAGGAGCUUUCCUCAGAGAUGCUUGGCCUAGCAUUAGCAGGAAACAGACAAGACCCGGAUGAGCCAGUAUUGGAGUUCAGUCUUGUCUGCAGCGAGCUGACCACGCCGUCCCUGGACCGAAAACCCAACAGUUUUGUCGCUGUGAGCUGUACCACACCUCCUCAGGCUUUUUGGACCAAACAUGCACAGACGGAGAUCAUUGAGGGUACAAAUAACCCCAUGUUCCUCAGCAGCGUGGCUUUCUUCCAAGACUCCAACAUUAACCAGCGUACACAGGUCAAACUUUCUGUGUAUGACGUAAAGGAUCGCUCACAAGGAACGAUGUACCUUCUUGGCUCAGCGAUGUUCCCGGUGAAGGAACUUCUGCUGGAAAAGAACCACAGACUUAACUUACCUCUCAGGUCAGCAGAAAACGAGCACGUAGGAAGUAUUUUAGUUAUCGCCUGGCAGCUCGAAGAGAAGAGAGAUCAGCAGACACCUAUCAAACAACUGCAAGAAACCCUUAAUGGCAGGACCGUCCUUCCUGUAGACGAGAGUCUGACGGAGUCAGUGGGAGUUCGAACAAAAUACGCUUCACUGUGGAAAGAUAACUUUCUACGAUGUGUGUUUGGGGGCACCAUGUCUCGCAUGUACCGUUUUCCAACGACCGACGGGAAUCAUUUACGCAUCCUGGAACAGAUGGCCGAAAGCGUCUUAUCGCUCAACAUCCCACGUCAGUUCGUCAAACUCUUACUGGAAGAGGAUUCUGCCAGAGUAUCUGAGCUGGAGGAGUUGGGAGAGUUGUCUCCGUGUUGGGAGAAUCUUCGGCGACAGAUCGUGACGCAGUACCAGAGCAUUCUUCUGACUUAUCAGGAUACGCUCACAGACCUGCAGGACUAUAAAGGUCCAUCAUUCAAAGCCAGUAAUCUAAAAGCUGAGAGGAAGUUGGAAUUUAUGGCCACCAACCUCCACGUGCAGAGAAUGAGAGUUCAGGAUGAGUCGGUCUUUGAUCACACUUAUGAUGUGGUGACGAUCGGCGCUCCUGCAGCUCACUGCCAAGGCUUCAAAAGUGGCGGUCUGCGGAAACUCCUGCAAAAAUUUGAGGAGGCCAAAAAACUCAUUUAUGAGGAGGAAUGCAGUGCUCUGUCCAGCUCCCAAUCCAUCGUCUACAUCCCUCAAGAUAUUAUCAGUGCCAAAGAGAUCAUCUCCCACAUCAACACGCUCAAGACUCAGGUCAGCUACUAUGCGGAACGGCUGUCGCGUGCCGCUAAGGACCGUUCCGCUAAUGGCAUGGAGAGAACUCUCGCCAUCCUGGCAGAUAAGACACGGCAGUUGGUGACGGUGUGUGACUGUAAGCUCCUGGCGUCUGCAGUGCAGGCCCUGAACGCAGCCAGACCGGAGUACAUCGCCUCAAAAAACUCCCCCUCGGCUGACUUGGAGCAGGUGGUGCUGAGGAACGAUCAGGACACACUGUUGGCCAAGUGGAGCGGCAGGAACAGUCGCUCGUCCCUCCACGUCGAUUGGCAUGAGGAAGAAUGGGAAAAAGUGUGGGUGAACGUUGACAAAAGUCUGGAGUGUAUAAUCCAGCGAGUGGACAAACUGCUGCAGAGGGACCGACUGCACAGCAGCAGCAGCGAGGACAUGUUCCAGGCUGACCAGCAGGGCGGCGCCACAAAGAAAGGUAACAGGCGAAAAAAAGCCUUCUGGAUCAAUCCUGUCUGCAUGGAGGAGUCUUCCUCAGCCCCUGAACCAGAGCGGCAGUCACCCUCACCACCACCAUCAUCACCACCACGCUCAUCCUCACCACCUGAUCUGAACCCUGCAUGUCCUGCUAAUGCAGAAACAUGUUCCUAUGGCAGCAGCAGUAGUGGAGAGGAGAGUUACCCAGGUGAGUGGAGUGAGGCUCUGUAUCCCCUGUUGACUACGUUAACGGAGUGUGUGGCCAUGAUGAGUGACAAGGCCAAGAGGUCCAUGGUUUUCCUGCUUAUGCAAGACAGCGCCCCCACCAUCGCAAUGGACCUCAGUCUGCAGUAUCGGCGAGACGUGGUCUUCUGCCAGACACUCACAGCACUAAUUUGUGGCUUUAUCAUCAAGCUGAGAAACUGUCUCCGUGACGACGGCUACCUGAGACAACUGUACACCAUUGGUCUGCUCGCUCAGUUUGAAUGUCUAUUAAGUACUUACGGAGAGGAGUUGGCUAUGUUAGAGGACAUGAGUGUGGGAAUAAUGGACCUUCGGAACGUAACGUUCAAGGUGACGCAGGCCGUCUCUACCUCUUCUCCCGACAUGCUUCCGGUAAUCACCGGAAAUCGAGAUGGGUUCAACGUUAGGAUCCCUCUCCCAGGGUGCAUGUUUGAUGCAUUGCCGAGAGAGAUUCAGAAUGGCAUGCUGCUGCGGGUACAGCCGGUGCUGUUCAACGUGGGCAUCAACGAGCAGCAAACACUUGCAGAGAAGUUUGGAGACACGUCACUUCAGGAGGUUAUCAAUCUGGAGAGUCUGGCACGACUGAAUUCCUACUACCAGCAGUUCAAGGAGGUUUUACCUGAUGACUGUCUUCCUCACUCUCGUAGUCAAACGUGUCUCCCAGAACUACUGCGGUUCCUCGGCCAGAAUGUUCAUGCUAGGAAAAAUAAAAAUGUAGAUAUCUUGUGGCAGGCUGCUGAGAUUUGCCGGCGACUGAACGGAGUUCGCUUCACCAGCUGUAAAAGUGCGAAGGACCGCACUGCAAUGUCGGUGACACUGGAGCAGUGCCUCAUCCUGCAGCACGAGCACGGCAUGGCCCCGCAGGUCUUCACACAGGCCCUGGACUGCAUGCGCAGUGAGGGCUGCCGCCGUGAGAAUACUGUGAAGAACAUUGGAUGUCGCAAGUAUGCCUUUAACUGCCUGCAGCUCAAGGCCUUUCCUAAGUAUUACAGACCUCCUGAUGGCACUUUUGGAAAAGUGGAGACCUGAUGUCCUAAAUGCCGGAAGAACAUCAUUCAUGGUGUAGCUAAGAAGUCACAGUAGAAAUUCAGGACCUCUAAUUGAAAAACAAAGCGAGUAUCACUUUCUGUCGCCAUGUCAAAUCGUUUUUAAGAUAAGCUACAGUACAAGAGCAAAAUCUGCUUUAUGCUCUUACCACGUAUUUACAUUUCAGAGAUGUGCUAGAAGGAAACCGUUGACUGAUUUACUGGUAGAUACAGACCAAAUCAAACAGGAAAUAUUUAUUGGUAUAAAACGAAGACAAAUCACUAAACGCCACAUAUGUACUAUUAUACCUGGUAAUAGUGUAUUUUAUUGAGGCCUUCUGUAGUGGGUUUGCUCAUUGAUGCUGUAUUUCAUAAUCUUGGCCAUCUUUAGCACACCGUAUGUAGCGCUUUGCCCUUCUGCAGCAUUACAGUACACUUUUCCUCAUGGCUUAACGUUCUCACAUGUCCUGCCUGUGUUAUCCCUCCUGUGUUAUGUUCAUAUUUUGGUCAACAGUAAAGAAUUUAGCAGUGUUUCUUAACAUGGCAUGACUGGUGGGACAUUUCUUAUCAUUUUUAAACCUCAUACAUCUAGAAUUGACCGUGCAUAGUGCAUCCUCAUAGUAGCUUCAAUUUCAGCUUGUCCUAAAUAAACAAAAAGGUCAUGUCUAUCAAGACCGUCCUCAAGACAAGUAUCUGCCAAUAUAGAACCAACAGAGAUGAUGUAAGGUGUACUAAGGUCAGUACAUCACUGUGUUUUGCUGGCAGUAAAGAUUCUGAGAAUGUUAUAGCAUCACAGAGUUUCCAGCCACAGUUGUCCUGAAUGUAAACUGAUUGCAUCUAAUGGACAACAUUGUUGUUUUGUGCUCAUUUUAGAUAUGUUUUUUUCUCAUUAAAAGUGUAUUGCUUGUGUAUAUCGACUUAAGCGGGCACUCCCCAGGUCAACUGUGUGGAAUAUGAAUCUGUUACCAAUUGUGCGCUCUUCAUUUUUUUGUUUGUUUAUUUUUUAAUUGUCGUGUGCAUAUCGCUGUUGUAAUUUUUCCUUUUUGGCAUUACCAUUGUUUUAAUUAUUGGAUGUUUAUAUAACUUAUUUAAGAGAAAUAUGCUCACAGAUAUUUAGAUGGAUUUUGUAUUUAUUUGUUUUUAUGGUUCUGACCUUGUAUCUUUUAUGAUGCCCUUAGAUUAUUAUUAUUGUGUCUAGAACAGAGUUCUGCUGUAUUAAAAUACUGUCAUCAAUAUCUGUUGUGAUGCGUU